CGCAUGUAAACAACUAUACAUGGUCACGGGAGCACUGUCAGAAGUCGACGGAAAACUAAACCAGCAAAAUGUCUAGACCAGCAGGGACGCUUAUCACCACCCACAAUGCCAACUACAUAUCUCCCAGAUUUAUGCCCGGGUAUCGAGGUCACUGCCCCACCACCAAGUUUGACUAUGGUGAGACCUAUGGCAAUGCAACAGCUAAAUACUUCCAGGACUACAGGUCUGAGGUGUUAAGGAGCUCAGCUGACCCCUACUGCAGAGGAGGGCAGUUCCCCACGUACUACACACACAACCCUGACCUAGUGAUUGGGAACCGCAGUCGCAACCAAGACAGAUGGCUUACAGCACCCAAAUAUCAGCUGUCAAACAUUGACCAUGACAGGCGUGAAGAGCUGUACAAGUUUGACCAGCUGGCUCAGUCUCACCGUGAACACUACACAGACAAGUCCGGGACCAGGAAGAGUGUGGACUACUUCAAGCUGCCUGUCAGUGCUGAGGACCAGUUUAAGAAAAAUGCAAUGUUCAUGCUUCUGUCCACUGGUCACUCGGAUCAAAUCAGUUUACCUCACAUAGAGCAUGUAGCACGACGGGGGCCCCUCAUCCGUCGCGUCGCCCUCAACUCUUCCCAGCGAGACAGGGAGAUGAGGGAUGUGUACUUCGAGAGUCGCUAACUGUAGCUUCCACACAAUGUUGUUAUCUACAUAUUUCCUAUUGGACACUACUUUCUUUAAGUUUUUAUAAAAUGCAAAACCAAAAUUUCGAGACCAUACAGCAAGUGGAACAUUAGUCUGUUUGAUUGUUUUGUUUUCUCAUGGAAGUCAGUAUUAAUGGUUGUGAUAUAUAACUUGAAAUUCUAUCAGGUUUUGAAUGUUUUGUUACUCCCAUUUCUUGUAGUUAUGUUUUCUAUUUCAACACUGCAUGAACAAACAAGUUUAAGUUCUUAGGCAUUUUGUUUUCGGCCCAAGAAUGUGUGUUUAGUGUCAGAAUUGGAUAAUGUUUGUUAACUACAAAGUGACAUAGGUUACCGUAUGUCUUUCCAUAUAAACUGAGAACUAGUUUUGUGACACUUUUAUAUAUAAUCAUUUUGAUCUCCAUGAUUUAGAAAUGUUUUUUUGUAAUAACUUAUAUAUUGUUGUGUACUUUUAUAUGAAGUUUACAAGCUCAUUUUAUUUCUGUCCAUCACUACGGAUAAACAUGAGGAUGUAUGGUGGCAUGUCUUUGAUAGGAUACCUUUAUAUUGUGCAGAAUUACUGCAUUACUUUGUUAAGUUCCAGUCAGUUUUCUUUUGGGUUUGUCCUCUUCUUUUCAUAAAGAAAUUCCUGCUGGAUAUGUGUUUUUUGUAAAUAACUAAAAGUGAUAUUGUACAAUAUGAUAUUUGUUAUGUUUUUCAGCUGUGUCAUUUAAUCAUGUUGUGCAAGAUCAUCAUUCAGUAAAACCAUGAGUUGCAUAUGACAGCAUUAAACAGUGUUGAAAAGUC